AGUUUGUUGGAAAGUAACUACCAAACGGGCAUCCCAAAGCAGCCCCUCGAAGGCGCGCCGACCCAAAAAUUCUCCCACAAAUGCACUCAAACUCCAUCACUUCUUCUUUUUCUUCUUCUUCUUCUUCAACUCUCUGCGACUCCGGCUUCGUCGUCCCACCGCCGGAUCCUCCGCCUCCGAGACCUCUCUCCGCCGAUUCCCAUGUGGCUCUCUCUCUGGCGAUCCAUCGACCGCUUCUCUCUCCAGUACUUCAAACAUGUAAUUAACGAAUUGCGCGGAAUUAAAGUUGUGGAUCAGCAUAAUAAGGAAUUAGUGGUAGAUCUCUUGCAGUGUAUAGUGGAAAUAGUCACUUAUGGUGAUAAACAAGAUCCGGCGAUUUUCGAGAUGCUGUAGUCUCAUUCCCUCUGUUCACUGAGGCACUGAAAUUUGCUUCCCAUGAGGAAAAGAUGAUUCAAACAGCCAUACGUUCAUUAGCCCUUGGCAAAUACUAUGUAUCCUUUGGUUAUGCAGUUUGUGAUGAUAUGGUUCAUCAGUACAUAACAACUCCUCCAGUCUCAAAGUACUUCUCCGACAUGGUUUUAAGAGGGCACAUGCACUCAUGAAAAAAGAAAACAGCUACUUUUUCAAGUUGAUAAAAUCAUCAAUGAUCUGUAUUACUUUAAGGACAUACUUGAUGUUGGCAACUCUCGUUUGAGUGGAUUAGUUACUGAAAAUCUUCUUAGCUUGCUAGUCUUUCCAGUGUUGCAUCCGUUGCUGACAUCCAGGCAAAGCAAUGUCACAAAUCUAUCUGCAGUCACUUCUCUAUAUCUUGUUUCUCAUCUUCUUCAAGUUGUUGGUGGAAAAAUUUUGGUCAAUACUGUGGCUGGUGCUAUUCUAUAUCCGUACAUGACCAUGCUAUCAAAAGAAACACAGCUGGGGACAAUAAUAUUUCUAAUGCAUUUUCUGAGCAUCCAUAUACAAUGGAGGAAAUGGUAUUUGCCUGUGCUGAGUUUGAAGGAGAAAAUGUCAGCUGCCCGCGGCAUGAUGCCUGUAUGAAGAGGAGUGGAAUAAGUGCAUUUAUUUUUUCUGAGAAUCAGAGUCUAGUGCUGGCAUCAUUGUUUUUAUUGCUCAUCGUAGAAGAAAGUAGAGAUCUUAAUUGCUUACUGAUUCCAAUUAUUGGCUUAAAUGGACUGCAUGAAGUGGAUGGAAAUUUCGUUUCAAGAUUCAUCCAUCAGAUUUUAAAUGCAUUAUUGAAGGUAUUAGCAAGCAAGGCACCAAUAUCUGUACUAAUAAAAUGGCAUACAGGAUGGUUCCUGCAGAAGCUACUGAUUGUUGGAGGGAAUAUGCUUGAUGAUCAUAACUUAGAGCUAUUUAGUAUUGCAUAUGAGCAGUCCCGUCAACAGCUAGAGAAAGAACUAGACGGAUGUUGGUUUGAUAGCAUCCCAGAUACUUUAAGAAAUGAAUGGAUGAGUUGUAAAACAGCUUUGGAAGAACCGUGCCAACACAAAGAUCCUUUUUUCAUACUAGAGCUUGCUGUUGCCCAACAAACCACUUAUGGUACCACAAUUGUGUUUUGGUUACUAGCGUUUUCUCAAUGGAUCAAGGUCCACCUCCCCAAUAUACUGGCUUUUACGACCUGCUUCUAUUGGAAAGUAAAUGAAUAUUAUUUAUAAUAAUACAACUGCAUACACUGCUUGGCAAAGGAUGGCUGAUACGGUGAAGGUUUUCAUUCUCCUUCUUCAGCUAAAGUCAUUCAUGUACAGAGGAAGUUUGCUUGAACAUCCGUUGCCAAACACAAUGCAAGGUCCAGGUGCUGGUUCUGGUCAAACCCAUGCUUCGGGAGUUUCAUCUGCAAGUUUUGGUUCAGAAGUUUCUUUAGGUUCCGUAUUGUUCCAACAGAACUUUAGAAACAUUUUGCAUGAUUGGGCUCA